ACUAAUAUUGUCGAUGAAUUGUCAAUUCACUCUAAAAAACAGAGUGGAAAAGCAUCUUGUUUCACAGGUAUUCCUUCCUCAUCCUGAAACAAGCCAGCAAGCAAAGCAUAUCCUAAAUUUACAUCACAAAACCCUAAUUUCAGAUCUAAAUCCCCUUACAAUUUCUGCUUGCAGUUCCACCCACAACCUCCUCACACCGGUUUGCGAAAUAAUAGGAUUCAAAGAAAGAAAUAGUCAUUAUUACGGUUGAUUUAUCCUGGGCCAAAAAUUGGAGGAAAGACGAGAUGAUGAAUAGCGUCUAACUAGUACAUAUGAUGGCCAGCGCAGAGGAUCAAAACAAAUCUGAAUGGAUAGAUAGAAUAAGAUCUGAAGGAGCCAUUCCAUUUCUUGAUCCCGGUAAGUGUUCAAAUGGUUGGACUUCACCACCUGGAGAUGCAUUCAUGGUUAGAGGUCCUGAGUAUUUUACCACAAAAGUUAAGAUUCCAGCGAGCGGUUAUCUGCUCAAACCUCUUGGAUUUGAUUGGAUAACAAGUUCAACAAAAAUUAGUGAGAUUUUAAAGCAUCCAAAUAGCAGAGUUAGGAAGGUGAUUGAGAAAGAGUUUCCCGAUGGUGAUAGGCCUUUCGUGUGGGCAUUCAAUCUUCAACUUCCAACCAAAGAUAACUAUAGUGCUGUUGCAUAUUUCACAAACAAAGAGCCUGUUGUUGAGGGAUCACUAAUGGACAGGUUCUUGAAAGGUGAUGAUGCUUUUAGAAAUUCAAGACUCAAGUUGAUUGCCAAUAUUGUUAAUGGUCCUUGGAUUGUGAGAAAAGCAGUUGGGGAGCAAGCAAUUUGCAUAAUUGGGCGUGCACUUUCGUGUAAAUACAGCGUGACAGAGAAUUUCAUGGAAGUAGAUAUUGAUAUUGGAUCUUCUAUGGUUGCAUCUGCAAUAGUUCAUUUAGCAUUUGGUUAUGUGACAACUUUGACGGUUGAUCUGGCUUUUCUUAUAGAGGGGCAAACUGAAUCAGAGCUUCCAGAAAAACUCUUGGGUGCAUUCAGAUUUUCGAACCUUGAUCCUGCUUCUGCUAGAACAAUUGAGCCAUCAUCUGUUUCCAGCACUGCUAGUUUACAAAAAUCUUUGCCCACGAGAUUGUGGUAUUCAAUUGGGCACAUUCUUCAUUCGGGUUCUCAAGAAGACGGUUCUUCGACCUCACAAAAGUCUAAUUAAAAUUGUGGAUCGAGAAGUUGUAAAGUAUUUUGGGUCCAAUCGUACAUGUGCAGUGUUUCCAACUCAAAUUUCAAACAAAAGUCAUAUUUGCAUACUUAAGUUUGAAUCCAUUUCAACUGAGUGUGAUAUGAAGGUAAAAAUUUAGUUUGCAAAUGUUCCUGAGUGAAAAUCAAACCAGAGCUAUAUUCAUGUUUUGCUUGGCAAACAUAAGUUGAACAGUUUCUGAUGGCAAACCAAACACUCAUGAUAGUGGAAAGAAAAUGAACCUAUUCGAAAUUCGGUUCCAUUAGUAGCUUGCUUGUAUUUUAGCAUAUUUAUUAUGAUAUUUAGCUGUAGGCUUGUAAACACAAUUACUAGAAUUCUGUCUUUCAUACAAUCUCAUCUUGAUUGCAGCAUUUUAUCUUUC